ACCAGGUAUAUGCAGUAUGAUUCCUGGUGGUAUCCCAAGGGACUCCGCUCUGGCACAGAAACAUGGUGGCCCAUGAAGAAGAUCUUCCCUGGUGGUUUCAAAUGCCGUUGAGAACAACACAGUGUUGAACCAUUUAGUGGCCACUCUGAGCACAGGGCCAGUUGGGCCGGGAGACAUGAUCGGUGCUCUCAACAAAUCUUUGAUCAUGAGAUGUUGCGACUCAGAGGGAAGGAUAUUGCAGCCUUCUAAACCAGCCACAGCUAUUGACGACCAAAUUAUAAAACAGCUGGCCCCGAGUGUGGUGUACGGACAGGAGCCUUGGGCCUCCCACAGACCCGUGGAGUUCUCCUCUCAACACCCGCUAGUUCUAGGAGCCGACUGUAGCGCUGAGAGACCCUGUGUCUUCUACACCUCUCCAACCAUCCUUGUAUUGCCGAAUCUCACUGGCACAACAGUCAAGGCUAACACUAUUACCAGACGGUUUUUCAUACAAACGAUCGGAUCUGCCUAA